CUCCUUGCUUGUUCUGCCCACUAGGAGUAAUUAGCUCCGGUUGGAAACGACAGGCUGGGGUCUAUCUAUCUUGGGUUAGUUCAAACAAAUAUUUGGUGCGACUCUAUUUGACAAAAACUGGAUCCUUCUAGCCAUGACCCCUGCUCCCGCCCCCCUUUUGACUGUCGCUGAACAAUGACGUAAGUUUUACUCGCCGUUUACGAUGGCGGCUACUUGCUAAAUGAAGGAACUAUAUAUUUACAGUAACAAAUACCCAGUGAACCGUAGAAAAAAAGGAGGCUGAUUUGCAAUGUCAAACAGAACAGCAUAUUUUUAUGAUCCGGACGUGGGCAACUUUCAUUAUGGUAAGAUACAUUUUGGCUACAAAAAACACGAAGCUAGACACUAGCAUAGCAUAUUAGCAAGCUGGCUAACUUAUUAGAUAAAUAGCUAGCUAAAGUUAUUUCCUUUUCAAUUUGUGAUUAGAUCGUAACGUUAUUUGAUUAUUAUUUAUGCUAGGAAUCAGGUCAAUUGAACUCGCCGCAAACUCGAAACUUGUUCGCUAUCUAACGUUAGUAGUCGUGUGUUUGCAAGAGUAACGUUAGAUUUGCUUUAUUCUAAUUUUUACUGGCUAGGUAGGUUAUGAAUGAUAGCUAGCAUCACGCAGAACCACAGAGAAAUCAAGAAAUUGAUAACUGCAUAGGAGAGAAUAACACUAACUGAAACAUUGUUUCCCUCUUUCUUUGCUUUUCCUUUCUUUAUCAAGGUGCUGGUCACCCUAUGAAACCCCAUCGUCUCUCUCUGACGCACAGCCUUGUUUUGCACUAUGGCCUAUACAAAAAGAUGCAGGUAAGUCAUGCUGAAAAGUACCAGAUGAAACCAGACAGAUUCAUGUCCUUCUUGACACAAUGUUCAUGCAUUGACUGGUCCUUGUUUUACAGGUUUUCAAACCAUACAAAGCCUCCCAACAUGACAUGUGCCGAUUCCACUCAGAAGAUUACAUUGACUUUCUUCAGAAGGUCAGCCCCAACAAUAUGCAGGGCUUCACAAAGAGUCUCAACACCUUCAAUGUGGGGGAUGACUGGUGAGAAUGUCUUAUCUAUCUUCUAUAACAGGGGUAUUCAACUCUUCCCCUAUGAGGUCUGGAGCCUGGGGGUUUUCUGUUCUACCUGAUAAUGAAUUGCACCCACCUGGUGUCCCAGGUCUAAAUCAGUCCCCGAUUAGAGGGGAAGAAUGGAAAAACCCAGUGGAACUGGCUUCGAGGUCCAGAGUUGAGUUUGAGGGUUCUAUAAUGUAUUAGCCUACAUUACUAACGACAUGUACAUAUUACCUCAACUAACUUGUGCCCUCACACAUUGACUCUGUACCGGUACCCCCUGUAUAUAGCCUCCCUAUUGUUAUUUUAUUUUACUGCUGCUCUUUAAUUAUUUGCGUUAUUUUUUUUUUUUUUUACUUAUCUAUUUUUUACUUAACACCCCCCCCCCCCUUAAAACUGCAUUGUUGGUUAAGGGCUUGUAAAUAAGCAUUUCACUGUAAGGUCUACACCUGUUGUAUUCGGCGCAUGUGGCAAAUAAAAUUUGAUUUGAUAACCUGGUGUAAAUUUGGAUUCAUGUGUGACUUGAGGACAAUGCAACUGUGUGUGAAAUACAUAAUGUGUCAUAAUACAGAAUGUUGUUUUUGUAAUAUUAUGCUCACUGUAAUGUGCAACUUGUGAUCAAUAUCUGUUUGACGUAUGCAUAUAUCUGUGUGGUAAUGCAUGUGUCCUCUGUCAGCCCUGUAUUCCCGGGCCUGUUUGAGUUCUGUUCCAGGUAUACUGGAGCGUCACUACAGGGAGCAACACAGCUAAACCACAAGGUAUGCACACACACACACACAUCAUGUUGUACCACUGAAGGUCAGUUUGUUUUAGGGAAAAUGGUAAGCUCAGCUUCUUUUCUGUCAUGUCAGGACUAUGUUAUAAAUUUAUUCUAUCUACUGGUAGGCUAUAUUUAUUUAGGCCAAGCAAUUUACAGAGCCAGGUAAAUAGUCGACCAGGCUUUGUGAUUUGUGUAUUGAUCGGGACCAUUGUUUUGCAGAUAUGUGACAUUGCCAUCAACUGGGCUGGGGGUCUUCAUCAUGCUAAGAAAUUUGAGGUAAGAAUUAUGCGACAUGCAUUUGUUUCUUUGUCAAGACAAUUUACUUCUACGGCCUCUGGUCAUCUUUUAUUAUGCCUAUGUACAGCUUUUUAUGAUGUCAUGAUUUCACUCGUUUUUAGGCCUCUGGAUUUUGCUAUGUGAAUGACAUUGUCAUCAGUAUACUGGAGCUUUUGAAGUAAGAGCAAAGCACCCCUACAGUCUGUAUUUUACUAUUUCCCAAAUAUAUAUAUAUUAUCUGUUUCUGGGUUCACGUCCCUCUAAGGAUCACUGACAACUAAUAAUGUAAAUGUAUCUUUAGAUACCACCCGCGUGUGCUCUACAUAGACAUUGACAUUCACCAUGGCGAUGGGGUGCAGGAAGCCUUUUACCUGACUGAUCGGGUCAUGACUGUAUCCUUCCACAAGUAUGGGAACUACUUCUUCCCAGGCACAGGUAAGACGAGCCAUAUGAGUGUCUGUUAUAAUCAGUGAGAAUACUCAUUGAGAAAUAGAGAUACAGUUUGUCUUAAUGACUAAAUAAUUAUCUCUAUGGGACAAUAGAGGUGUCUUAGUGCAAACAUAGUUCUGAGCUAUAGUUCGAAUCAGUUUGAUUAUUUGUUACAUUGUAUUUUUUUCAUUUGGUCCGGUUGGUUUCACAUUGCCAAAUGUCAAACAAACUAAAAUGCCUAAACAAAAUCACAUGUUCAUGCAAGUCAUUUGUUUUGUUGUAGAAAAUGCUCCAGAAGCAUAACUUGUCCCAAACCUUUUUUUUUGUCAUUUAGCAGACGCUCUUAUCCAGAGCGACUUACAUGAGCAAUUAGGGUUAAGUGCCUUGCUCAAGGGCACAGACAGAUUUUUCACCUAGUCGGCUCAGGGAUUAGAACCAGCGACCUUUCGGUUACUGGCACAACGCUCUUAACCACUAAGCUACCUGUUACCUGCCAACCCGUGGAAACGGCUAACAACCUGUGGAAACGGCGCAAUAGCUGCUCUAACUUUGACGUGAAUUAGCUAUUCAAUAGCCUAUAUCCCCGGUAUAGCCCCUAUCUCCCCUAAUCUGCAUCGGAUGCGCUCAUAAAUGCGCCACUACUCACAGAAUGUUUGAGAGUUAUCAAGUUAUGGGAUUGCGUACAUUUUAUCAAAUGCUCGCAGUCAAACAACCAAUAAUAAUGCGUGCCUCUGGUUCUUUUCCUGUGUUUGGUCCGGACUGCGUUCUCACAUGCAGCGAACCGCACCACGGUACAUAUAGAUAUGGACUGAGACCACCCUUUUUGAGCGAACAAUAGUGCAUUGUUUAGUGCGCUCCCGAGUGCGGAUACUGUUCACACUGGUCCAAAUGAACCGAACUAAGGGGGAAAACGCGGCAAAGUUCGGGAAAACUGCUCCAAACCAAUUUUGUGUGAAAGAGCCUAGUCUUUGAUAAACAAAUUGUGUUUGAAUGUUUUGUCCCAUAGGUGACAUGUAUGAGGUAGGGGCUGAGAGCGGCCGUUACUACUGCCUGAAUGUGCCUCUCCGGGAUGGGAUCGAUGACCAGAGUGAGUAGUGUCCUUCCUGGAUCCCCCACUCAGGGUGGCUCUCUGGCACGCCAGUCUGAUAAUGCUAUUAGACCAGUGAGAUGUCUCUAGGGAGUGCUUUUAUCAGAUGUGUUAUGCUGCCUAUUAGUUUAUCUGAUGUCUAAACUAUUAACAUCUCUCUGAUGGGUGUUAAAAUGUGUUACAAAGGGUCUGAUAGCAUACAGGAUAAUAACCAACAACAGAUGUUUCCUGAUUUUUGAUAGGGGAUCAAUUAAGCAAAACAUUGCAUAAUUGGCAAGAAUGAUUGAAAGGAUGAAUUCUCUUCAUUGUGUCCAAUACCUUAUCAUUAUAGCACUUUGUUUCUUAGGCUACAGGCAACUGUUUCAGCCAGUCAUCAAGCAAGUGGUGGACUUCUACCAGCCAACCUGUAUCGUUCUUCAGGUGAGCAUUUGGCAGCCAGAGAUCAUCAUUGGCGUUUUCGCAUGAGGUAUUGAAUAUGGGACUCAUACAUGCACCUCUUGUCAUUGAUAGUGUGGGGCUGACUCUCUGGGCUGUGACCGACUAGGAUGCUUCAACCUCAGUAUACGAGGCCAUGGGUAAGUAAGUGUCUUAGGAGUGAUAAGGAUGCAGGUUUGGUGGAUGGAAGUCAAUGUACUCCUUAAUAUGAGGAUAUACUGCAACCUACUGGUAGAAGGGCAAAUUUAAGGGAUUACAGAAAAUCCCGUACCAAUUUACACAGGAGCCAGGAUAUGGUAAACUGUCUUACCCAGGGUACACAUUUUUCCUAUAGGGAAUGUGUGGAGUUUGUAAAGAGCUUCAGGAUUCCCCUGCUGGUGCUGGGAGGAGGAGGGUACACAGUACGCAAUGUGGCCAGAUGCUGGUGAGUGCUCAUUUAUUUCAUUGCUGUAACUAGACUACAGUGUAGAGCCCUCAAACUCGACUCUAGACCUUGAAGCCUGUUUCACUGCCUUUUUUCCAUUGUUGCCCUCUAAUCAGGGACUGAUUUAUACCUGGGACACCAGGUUUGUGUAAUUAAUUAUCAGGUAGAACUGAACCAGCAAGCUCUGGACCUUGAAUACCCCUGGUGUAGAGGUUAGGUGACAGUUGUUUUUAAUGGAGACAGAAGAUAAUGUUCAGUGUAUAUGGAACCACUUAAGACUGAACAUUGUUGCUCUUCUGCCAUUCUAGGACCUAUGAAACCUCUCUCCUGGUUGAUGAGCCAAUUAGUGAUGAGCUGCCCUAUAGUGGUAAGUGAGCAAGCCUUUUGUACAUUGGUUUGAUAUGUCGACAUUCUAUGAUGUACACUGAACAAAAAUAAACGCAACAUGCAAAGUGUUGGUCCCAUGCUUCAUGAGCUGAAAUAAAAUAUGCACAAAGCUUAUUUCUCUCAAAUGUUGUGCACAAAUUUGUUUACAUCCCAAAGCAUUUCUCCUUUGCCAAGAUAAUCCAUCCACCUGACCGGUGUGGUAUAUCAAGAAGCUGAUUAAACAGCAUUAUCAUUACACGGGAGCACCUUGUGUUGGAGACAAUAGAAGGCCACUCAAAUGUUAAUUUCUGUUCCAAAAGCCGCAUCCAACGUCGUUUUAGAGAAUUUGGCAGUACGGCCAACCGGCCUCACAACUGCAGGCCCAGGACCUUCACAUCCGGCUUCUUCACCUGCGGGAUCGUCUGAGACCAGCCACCCAGACAGCUGAUGAAACUGUGGGUCUGCACAAACUGUCAGAAACCGUCUCAGGGAAGCUCCUCUGCGUGCUUGUCGUCCUCACCAGGGUCUUGACCUGACUGCAGUUCGGCGUUGUAACUGACUUCGAUGGCCACUGGCACGCAGGAGAAGUGUGCUCUUCUCAGAUGAAUCCUGGUUUCAACUGUACCAGGCAGAUGGCAGACGUUGUGAACAGAGUGCCCCAUGGUGGCGGUGGAGUUAUGGUAUGGGCAGGCAUAAGCUACGGACAACAAACACAAUUGCAUUUUACCGAUGGCAAUUUGAAUGCACAGAGAUACCGCGACGAGAUCCUGAGGCCCAUUGUCGUGCCAUUCAUCCACUGCCAUCACCUCAUGUUUCAGCAUGAUAACGCACAGCCCCAUGUCGCAAGGAUCUGUACACAAUUCCUGAAAGCUGAAAAUAUCCCAGUUCUUCCAUGGCCUGCAUAAUCACCAGACGUCACCCAUUGAGCAUGUUUGGGAUACUCUGGAUCAACGUGUACGACAGCGUGUUCCAGUUCCCGCCAAUAUCCAGCAACUUCGCACAGCCAUUGAAGUGGGACAACAUUCCACAGGCCACAAUCAACAGCCUGAUCAACUCUAUGCGAAAUAUGUCGCGCAGCAUAAAGCAAAUGACACAUUUUCUGAUCCACGCCCCUACCUUUUUUUAAGGUAUCUGUGACCAACAGAUGCAUAUCUGUAUUCCCAGUCAUGUGAAAUCCAUAGAUUACUGAAUUUAUUUCAAUUGACUGAUUUCCAUAUGAACUGUAACUCAGUAAAAUCUUAAUUGUUGCAUGUUGCGUUUUUAUAUUUUUGUUCAGUGUAGAAGCACUAUUUAAUUUGCUCAUUUUCUUUCUCACCCCUCCAGAGUACUUUGAGUAUUUUGCGCCAGACUUCACGCUCCACCCAGACGUCAGCACCAGGAUAGAGAACCAGAAUUCAAGACAGGUAAGUUUGAGAAUGCACUGCAUGCACACUCCCUCACAUUCUUCUUCUCUUGUGUAUUCCUGAACCACAGUCUACAUGUUUUCAACAAGGAUUCAAACUAUUGAAUAUGUGUGAUCAUGAAAAUAAUUUUCUCCAGUUUUAAGUGAUUUAUCUUCCUCUUCCUCCUGUGUUUGUUUAGUACCUGGAGCAGAUACGUUCUACAGUCUUUGAGAACUUGAAGAUGUUGAACCACGCCCCCAGUGUCCAGAUCCACGACGUGCCCUCGGACAUCCUGAGCUACGAGCGUACUGACGAGGGAGACCCAGACGAGAGGGGAUCAGAGGACAACUAUUCCAGGUGAAUACACUCGUAGUCGGCUUUGUGACACACAGGAGCAAUAUCCGUUCUAUCAUAUGUGUUAGUAAUGGAGUCAAUAUGACCCGUUUUGGUCUAACUGCAUGUAGUAUAUGUGUGAACUGUGAAAAUUGUAUGGUGUUUGAACAUUCUGGAAUUAAAUGGCUUAUGUUCUCUUUACAGGCCGGAGGCAGCCAAUGAGUUCUAUGAUGGUGACCAUGACAACGACAAGGAGAGCGAUGUGGAGAUUUGAGCGCUCAGAUGUCAGACUUUUCCCUCUGAUAUGAUUGGGAAACCAUAGUCUUAAGGCUGCAGUCUCUGGAAAGUGGACCCCAUGAUUACUCCUCCCCAAGAAAUGAUGGGCGAUUCAACCAAAGCCAUCACAUGGACUUGACCUUACUGUACUUAGAGCGAGACUACCACCACGAAUUCCUUUUUAUUUUUUACUAUGUGUAAACGUGUCAUUGAGUAUGUAGAGGACAUCAUCCUGAGCAGUUCUAUUGCCAAGCACUUCCUCAGUCAGUCACCUUCUGACUCACCUGAAGAAGACCUCCAAGCAGAGCCCAAUACACCAUCAUGUACUGAAACGUUAUGUCGUCUCUUAUAUUGUUUGAAAUGUCUGGGCCUUUUUCAUCAGAACAGGAUGGAAGAGACUUCCUCUUGGUCCUAAAGGUUGUCAGGUUAACGGUCCAGUGGGGGUUGACUUUGUGUUUUACUACCUGUUGCUCGGUGCUGUGUCAAGAGGGGACUUGUCAGUCAUAUUGCCAGUUUUCCACUUCACACAUUGGGAUCAGAGGUCCAUCCUUUGAAUAUCAAGUAAAAAAAAAAAAAGUGUUAAAUGUUUUGAUGAAAUUGUUACUUUAAAUAUAAAAUAAAUUACAAAACGUAAUGGCUACAAUGCUUCACAACUAAGUUAUAGCUACACUGGAAAAGGUAACAACAGUUUAAGAAUUUACUGAGUUAGUUCAUAAGG